AUGACAUCAUGUGAAACAGAGUGCAGAACAUGGGACUCUCGGACUUAUGCGAGGAUCUAACAACCUACUGGGACAAAACAAAGAGACAAUGUGACCCGUGUCCAAAAAAAGCUGGAUGUGAAGUUGUACCUAAUUGUGGACGUGAUGAUGACGGUGGGGUCCACUACGACCCUCACAAGAAAUGCAAAUCCAACACUUUUAACGACGGCAGCCAGUAUUACUGUCUACCAUGUUCUACGUGUCUUCCUGGCUCUUCUGUACUGAAGAACUGCACUUCAAUAUCCAACACUGUUUGUCAGAAAAUAAGAAAUGAGUCAACAACAACAACAACCAAUGCCCUCCCCAAGUCAACCACCCAUGCAGCAAAAUCAUUCAGGACUGAGCCGACGAUUCAAAGAUACAUACCUACUUCAUCGAGUUCGCAGCAUGCAGCUCUGUGGACUAUACCAAUAAUAAUAAUUGUUCUCAUCUUCCUGUCGGCUGCUCUUUGCGCUUUGAUGAUGAGAAAAAGAAGAGGUGUGUGUAAAAAAGCGUUCUAUAUGAGAAGGACAUCGUAUCAGAAUGAAGGAUUUUCCCCCAUCCAAGCAGAGAGAAGCAGCGAAGUGCUGUAUGACAUGCUCAAUGCCAAUAUCCUAUCAGCCCCUUUACACAAAGUUCUGGACGAUCUCGAUGUUUUGGAGGAGUUGGUGAUUCUGCUGGAUCCAGACACGCAGGGCAUAAAGAGCACAAAGCAUCUGGCGUCUCUCUGUUCCUUCCCUUCCACCUGGAUCACCUACACUUACUCCAUGAAGGAUACUAAAAGCCCCCUGAAAGCUGUGUUGGAGGGGGUCACCAGCAAGCAGCCUGACUGGACUGUGGGCCACCUGGCCAAGCUGCUCAGACAAAUGAAUCGCAAUGACGCCAUCAGUGUUCUGGCUAAACUCAGGCCUGUUCCAAACACUUCACACGAGUGACAUUUUCUUUGUCCUUCUAAACAGAGUUGACUGUGUUCUUUAACAUGACAAAUCUUCCUGUCAUUGAGUUAUUUUGAGAAGAACAACUCCUACCCAUGUGCGUCAGAUAUGGGUUGUAGAAAAGUCCAGACUGUAUUCUAGAGAAGUCUAUUUCUGAAAAUGUUUUUGUAUUUGUUUGUAUUUUUAUACAUUUAUGCUUGACUGUUACUUUUAUACUGAGAAUUAUUUUAUACUGAAAGGCACAUGUGGAGUCAUUUAAAUAAAUAAAAAAAAGUAUAACAAUGUACCAUUUUCACUCCAUUACCUGUAUGUUUUUGCAGCAUCAUAAUGACGUGUUACAAUAAACAAUUAAAAUAUG